ACUAGACAUCACGUGACCGUCUAGGGUCAGGUGUCAAAUACUGAUUUCUAAAUGCGCAGUUCAGGCAAUAAAAACUAAAUUAAUUUUUUUGUGAACAAAUGAAAAGAGAUAAAAACCAGAGGAAGAUCGAGAAAAUAUAUCACUUUCAUUGACUUUGAAAGUAGGUGCGAGAAGAAGGGAAACUUUCGGCGCUAAAAUCGGUCAGAAUCGAUCAAUACAGCCAGACAGCCGCCAUUAAACGUUCUUAUACCGGCGUUAUGGAUUCUUUGUCCGUUUUCUCCUCCUUGAUUUUGUUGAUUUCAUACCAUGGUCUCUUAGAUGGCGCAGCAGUCUAUAAGAAAGAGGAGACCAUUUCCUGCAAAUUCACAAACAACGGAAAUCGUGGUUAUCCUACACUCGAUAAACCAGAUAAAAAUUUUACCAAUGACCCUGGAGUUUCAAAUAAGGAUUUUGGAGGAAUAAUUUUCUAUUCUAAUUUAACAAUACGUUGCCAUAGUCCUUCUCAUAAAUGUUACGCGCACUAUGUUGUUCAGAAAAAUGCCUCAAAAAAGGUAAAAGUCUACAGUUCAGGGUGUCUGGACAUUGAGUCAUGGCCACCAGAUUAUAAUUGCGAUGAUACCAACGAAUGUUUAACUCAAUAUCAUCCUAAUGGGAGAAGCGUUCAAGUUUGUUGUUGUAAAUCAAACUAUUGUAAUUCGGAGGAUAAAAUUAACCCAAAGCACUUUUUUAAUGUGACCCAUCACAAGCAAAGUGACAUCUACGGCAAUGACAAUGAUUCGCAAAAGGUUUCACAAAAAUCCAACUUAGAGGGUAGAAGAAAUAAUAUUAUUAAAGUUUUAAUACCGCUGGCAGUUUUGGCUAUCUUCUCAAUUAUUGUCAUUAUUUGCUAUUCAGUAUAUCGAGUGUGUACAUAUGAGAAGCGGUGCUCUAGAAGCCGAUUUGAGGAGCACAGUGAAAAGUCGACCAAAUUUAGUACUGAGUUUUUAACUGAAGCCAGUUAUACCCCAGAAUCUCUGAUCGCUUCUGGUAGAUAUGGAGAUGUUUGGGUUGCUACUAUGGGAGAUAAACUAGUUAUAUUUAAAUCAUUUUGCAGAGAAAACUUUAACCAUUUUUCAAGGGAGGUCAUGAUCUACCGACACCUUGAUAAUUUAGGUGUGCGUCACCAAGGAAUACUACAAUUUUUCGGUUCAUUUAUGAAAGAUGACUUAAUGAAAUUGGUAUUGGAAUAUGUACCAGGUGGUUCUCUAAGAGACUACCUAUCCAGCCAUAACGACUUACAAUUAGACGAAACCAUAAAGUUAAUGUCUACUCUAUCCAGUGCUCUGUCAUUCCUUCAUCAGAAUAAGAUUGCCCAUAGGGAUUUAACCUCGACCAAUGUUCUUGUUAGAGCAGAUUCAUCUUGCGUAUUAUGUGAUCUGGGUUUAGGUCACGUUGCUGGAAACGAAAUGGACAGUGGACUUAUAAACGCCGGCACAACCAGAUACAUGGCACCUGAAUUAUUGGAUGGUACAGUUAACAUGGGUGAUGUGAGUUCUUCUUUAAGAAGUGCAGAUAUAUACUCUUUAUCAUUAAUUCUUUGGGAGAUAUUGAAUGUUUACAGCAAUAACAGGCAUUUGUUGCCUUUUGAAAUAGAGUUAAAUGGAAUGGUAGCCAAUUUAGAAUCUAUGCAGUUUAUUGCUGUUAAACAAAAUAUGAGACCUUCCAUUAAUUGUAAAAUCUUAAAUUCUAAUAUUCUUAUGGAUAUUUCUGAGACCAUACAAGAAUGUUGGGAUGCUGAUGAUGCUGCUAGGUUAACUGGUAUAUGUGUUGAAGAGAGAUUUAAGGUCUUGGAGCUAACGUUAUCUUCUAAUUCUUCGCUGAGAACAAUCAACAACAAUGAAUCUAUUGCUGCAAGUGAUUCUAGUGAAAUAGAUUACCGCCCACUUAUAUCUCAAGAUAGCAAUGGUGCUGUGCCAUCUAGUGAACACGUAGAUUUGAUAGCUCCACCAAAUGCAAGGGUGUGUAGACCCACAAGUUUACCACUCUGACUCCGGUGAUAAAUUUUCAGUUAAAUUAAGUAAUGGAGUUUUUCAGAACAUUCUAUCAAUGGAUAUUGUCUGGUUUCCUCUCAGCAAAGCUGCUAAUUAGUGUUGUAUGAUAAUACAGUUAUAUUAUAUAUAUAUAUAUAUAUAUAUA